AUGGAUGUCAAAAGUGCAUUUCUAAAUGGCUAUCUAAAAAAGGAAGUCUAUAUCAAGCUGCCUCCUGGCUUUGAGUUUCACAAGCAUCCUGAGCACGUGUUCAAACUGGACAAGGUGUAUGUUGAUGAUAUCAUCUUUGGAGCCACAACUGACUCUCUUUGUGAAGAAUUUGCAAAACACAUGGGGAGUGAAUUCAAGAUGAGUAUGAUGGGAGAACUGAAUUUCUUCCUAGGAUUUCAAGUGGAAGCAUCAAAAGUCAUCGACACUCCCAUAGCCACAUCCACCCAUCUAGACUUGGAUAAAUCUGGUUCCCCUGUAAAUCAGACCAUGUAUAGAGGGAUCAUAGGGUUACUCAUGUAUCUCACUGCAAGCAGACCAGACAUUGUUUUUAGCAUGCGUCUCUAUGAAAGGUUUCAAUCAUAUCCAAAGGAAUAUCAUCUGAAGGCUGCCAAGAGAAUACUAAGAUAUCUCAAAGGAACGCAGGACCUGGUCCUUUAUUAUCCCUCAGGUGAGAGCUUUGAUCUUAUUAGAUAUGCUGACGCUGAUUAUGUAGGAUAUCUGGUGGACAGGAAAAGCACUUUUGGAAUGGCACAUUUUCUUGGCUCCUGCUUAAUCUCAUGGGGUACAAGGAAGCAGAACUCUAUGGCACUCUCAACUGCAGAAGUUGAAUAUGUAGUAGUUGCCUCUUGA